CUAUUAUCACGGCUUUCACUCACUCGUAGGCUCCAGGUCAUCCCGGUCGGUUAUUACUUUGAAAAGAAAACAAAAACGCUAUAAAGAUUCCGUGGGUCGGGCAAUUCCUGUGGACAGUGAAACAGGCUGAACAGAGUUCUAGUUUAAACAGAGUUCAGUCUUUUGGUCAGAAUUUGUUAUGAAUGGGCGGGCAUUCCAGCCACAUUUUAGGGGCUGCCAUAAAUUUGGGGACUGUUAAUCGCCUGCGCCUCAGUUUCAAGGAGAUAUUAAUAAAAAUGACUCAGUAAACAGCAAAAGAGGAACGCAGGGUACUGCCUGCAAACGCAAAUGUCCUAGAAAAUGGGCCAGAUCUUGUAAUAGAGUCUCGUGCAUGAAGGAAAAACAGCAGAAGAAAAGUUACCGCGGUUGGUCUCAACACGUCCUGGGACAUUCUUGGGAGAACGAAAAUGUCAGUCUUAGCUUUCAACUUGUUGAUUUGUUGAAAGUCAACGUCAUCCGCGUAUAUUUAAACCUCUUCCUCCCACAUCUGAUAUUUACAUGCGGCAGCCCACAUUUUUCACCAGAGUCUGGUGUAUUUUCUUUUUUUCGGGGGGUUGCUUGAGACUUGCAGGAGCAGUGCGAUGGCUCUGCCAGACAACCCCGGCGAGCUCCCGAACGGCGAGUCCGCUUUCCCGGCCGUGGUGGAGUUGAAUGUCGGCGGGCAGGUGUAUGUGACCCGCCACCGCACGCUGGUGGCCGUGCCCGACUCCCUGCUCUGGCACAUGUUCAGCCGGAGCAGCCCCAAGGAGUUGCCGAAGGACAGCAAAGGCCGGUUCUUCCUAGACCGGGACGGUUUCCUAUUCCGCUACAUCCUGGACUACAUGAGGGAUCUCAGGCUGGUUCUGCCGGAUUACUUCCCCGAGAGGUGCAGGCUGCAGAGGGAGGCGGAGUUCUUCCAGCUUCGGGAACUGGUCGGUCAACUGGGCGCCAAGGAUGGCAAGCUGGGCUCGCUCAGCGAACGCUGGAGGGGCGAGCAAGAAGGCGGCAAAGAGGUGGAGAAGGGCAGCCCGCUGACGCCGUCUCUCCCGCUGUCGCCCCCGCCAGCAGACAGCACCCAGCCCAGGAGGUCGGGCUACAUCACCGUGGGUUACCGGGGCUCUUACACCAUCGGACGGGACUGUCAAGCCGAUGCCAAAUUCAGAAGGGUAGCCAGGAUUACCGUGUGCGGCAAGACUUCACUGGCUAAGGAAGUGUUCGGAGAAACCUUGAACGAGAGCCGGGACCCCGAUCGCCCUCCCGAGAGGUACACAUCCCGCUACUAUCUCAAGUUCAACUUCCUGGAGCAGGCGUUUGACUUGUUAGCCGAUGCUGGCUUCCACAUGCUAGCAUGUAGCUCUACCGGGACCUGCGCCUACGCCAGUGACCAGGGAGAGGAUAAGAUCUGGACCAGUUACACCGAGUAUGUCUUCUGCAGAGAAUGAGCGAGCCGGACGGCCAGUGAAACCAACCUCUCCCAAAGCUACGAUGCCCCUAUUUCGUUCCUACGACCUGGACUGUCCCUACAGAAUAGGGCUUCACUUAAUCAUUCGUGUGAAUGUGCGUGAGAAAGUGUGUACUAAGGUAGAACAGUUUAGCAAGGUGCGCCGUGUGUGUGUGUGUGUGUGUGUGUGUGUGUGUGUGAGAGAGAGAGAGAGAGGAGAGAAAGAGAUAGGGGGAGAGAGGGAGGGAGGGCGGGAGAGAAAGAGAGAGAGAGAGAGAGAGAAUAGUAAGGUAGAACAGUUUAGCAAGGCACAGGAAACCCUAGACGUCCAAACACAGCGUCCACGAGCACAAGAAUAAUAAAAGCGUUGCUACUGGAAACGAUGGUUUAAAUAUGCCGUUUUAUUGAUCCAGAUAAGAAGCUGGCAGCCUCCCAGAGCGACGGUUUUACCACUAGUGCCGAGGGGCGCACGCAAAUAAAACGCUUAACCAUCAGCCGUCUUUUCCGUUUCUUAGUUUUUACAUACUGCUCCGCUAGCUGACGUGCCGGCAGGGUACUGUAUUUUCAUCUGAAUGUAGAAGCAGCUGUGUUGUUGGUGUUCCGGGCAGAGGGGCAGCAGAUCUCCAAAUUUCGUCAUGCAGACCUCUGCUUGCAUCCCCAGCGUGGUGUCCAUCAUGUCAAAUACGACAAUAUUAAACACAAAAAACCGGAUCCAAGAAACUAUGUAACCGUUUAUUAUACGUCGCAGUUGUAUGCACGCUGUUUGUAGUGUGCAUUGACUUUUCGAAGUCCGAAAGAGUGUUUAACCUCGCUUUCCACCCUGCCAUUUUGAAAACUGUAUAGGCGAAGCUUAAACUUGCACUUCCAGGACAAGAGCUCUCAAAAUGGUAUGAUUAUUAUCACGAUUCGAUUUUGUGAUAGCGGCAGUUUGUGUCACUGCAAUUUUAUAGGAUAUAGGAUUUAAGUCAUUUGAAUAAUAAUGCAAAUUGUUUCUAUAUAUCUAACAGGAAGUUUCUCUUCCUCAUUUAUUGCUUGCUGUAAAAUGAAGCAUGUUAAAAAAAACUUAAUAUUUCUCAUUAAGAACGAGACGACUAGUCAAGCAUGGAGACCAAAUGUAGAAUCACCGUAUUGGUUUCUUGGUUUCGAUAUUCAAAAUUAUUACCUCGAAAUCGGGACCAAUAUUGCACUAGAAUAGUGUUGGAACCUGCUUUUUCUUUGUAAUUGCAUAAAUAUCUGUCAGAGUGCAGAAAUAGAAACGGCGAUUGUGAAAGACAGGACUGGCUUGUAAAGAAAGGGGAAAAGAAAGGACUGUCAAGGGAAUUUAGAAGCUAUGUAAAAGCAGUAGCAAAAGCUCAGGGCGCAAAUGUGGAGGACAAAGGCGGAACUUAGUAAGGGAUUCUGAACUUCUGUGUAGUCACAGUUCCUGGGCCUGACAUUUGAUAAUCAGGGUAAAUGACUUGAAUUUCAUUUAGAUUAUAGAUUACCAUCAUCUUGUUUCUUUCCUGAAGAGUCCUUCUCUGGCAAAGUCCUUUUGCUCUCCGCUGAUAGUAACCACCUGCUGGGACUUGUCAGUCUGUGUUCGCACAGUUAGCAGUGUUGGCAAGUUAUUGUGAUUGUUGUGUCAGGUCUGGCUAAACUGAAGAAUUAAGUUCAACAAUGGGAAAAAUAUCUAAUUCCAUGCUAAAGCCAACUCCCAUGGUUUCAAAGUUUUAAAUUAUUGGCAGUGAUCUAAUAUGGGCACACUUUUAGAACUGUCCAAAAGAAAACAACUAAUCAUUCCUGCUUUCACCUUUCACUCUUGACUAUCCGUUAUUUGUGGCUUCUAGGUGAGAGCUCGAGUAGCAAGGCAUCUUUAAGAUGGUCAUUGUUUACCUCCUGUCCCAUUCUUACUGCCGCUGCGUCAGUGGACUUUUACAAAGUAGCCGGGAAUGGUUCAGGCAGGACUGACUGUUUACUCUGGAGUUAUGAGGUUCUUUGUAGGCAUAUUAGUCUUUAUUUAAAGUAUGCUCACAAACUGACAAAAUAUAAAGCAGUUGCAGAAAUCAGUUAAAGCAGAUGGAGCACUUAGUAGUGUGAUGGUUUAAUUCCAAGCUCUGUUUAUGGACUGUUUAAAACAGCAUGGAUUGAUAUAACUCUGGAUGGAAUUGAGAACUUUUAUUAUAAAAAAAAGGGGGACGUCGUGUCAAUAGAGAAAAAUAAUGAGCAAUUAGUUGGGCCUUUAAAAUCAAAUAAUUAAAUAACGUGGUUUAAAUUUCCCGGCUUUUGUGUUAAUUUCAACUAUUGCCAACAUGUUAAGUGCUAGUUAUAGCUCAGUGGAUAUUUGCAUUAAGUAAGUUAUAUUAGCCUAUAUUUUUGAGCACCACUCCAGUACUCAAAAAUAUAGGCUAAUACUUCUAUGUAGUUCCCAGUGAAUACUACAUCACUAGAGAUAUCAUAAAUUGCGAAGCCAAAAACCUGCCACACUUUCCACUAUUGUUCCACAGUGCUGUUUUGAAGCAGAGCAGAGGAAUUGUUGUCACUUUUGGCCAAUAUUUAUUAGUUAUUCAAAAGAUUAACUUUCUAACUUACUUAUUUAAACCCACCAUCCCUGCUGUGACAUAGGCCACUGACAGCAGUUUGCCAUCUUCUUGACAAAGGUUUUCCCUUUCCCAGAGAUGGGGUUUUUGGAGCUUCUAUUGGCAUUUUUGUAGCUCUGGGUUUUUAGUGGGAUGUGUUUGCUAACCCCAUACUGAACCCUCCUCCUUUCACAGCUGAGCUUGGGAUCAUCCAUGCUGGAGUUAAUAGAUUGUCUGCUCAUUAAUAUAAAGCUGCUUGUGGCAUUAAGAUAUGCACAAAUUCAUAGUGAUACUUCAUCACUAUAGUAAUAACAAUCCAGAGAAUUAUUUCAUUAACUAAAGCAAUUUGAGGAAUCUAGAAGACAUGAAAGUGACUAUAUCGAUUAAAGUAUUUUCUUUUACUACCAUCUGGGAGCAUACAAAAGAGAAGCUCUAUUGGGAAAAAAAUAAUAAUCAUCCUUACAUCUGCAUUUAAUACUUGGUAAAUGUGCUUCCAUCCAAAUUAAUCCAUUCACAGAAUGGCAAUUGCCUAGAGAUAAAAUCCUAAAAAGAUUGUACUACCUGAAGGGAUGUUUUAUUUUUGGGAACAUUUUAUUUUAAAUGGAGGAGUUUAAAAAGUGAGGGGCAAGUAAAGGGCCAGUCAUUCAUCAGAAAAUACAGAAUCUCACAAUUAUUUUGGAGCAGUUUUAGCACUGAUACAUUAUUAAUGAGCAGAAGAAAAUGUGUCUUUUUAAGUUAUUGAAUAAAUAAUUUCACCAGGUGAGACAGAAGAGUUAAGCCCAGAAUAGCGCUUCAAAGAUCAGGACUAGAAAUAUAAGUUCAAAUAAAUUUAAUGGAAUCUUACAUAAUAAUUAGCUUCCUUGUUCAGGGAUGGAAUAGUGGUUGAAAAAAAUCCAGCAAAAUGAAAGUUUAGCAGUUCCUAUAAGAGGCAACAUCUGCUUUGUCAGUUUAGGAAUAAGAUUAAAGUGGUAUUUUCACUCUUUACCAGACAUCCAAAAUGUAGUUACUUUGAUGUACUAAGAUUGAGAUGUAAUUUUGUUUUAUUAAACACUUAUAAGACAGUGAGAUGUUCUACUAAAAAUGUUUCUGUUUAAAAAUGCAUCUUCUUAGCCAUUUCUUGGUGAUUUUUUUGUCACACCGAUUUUAAUUAAACACUGCUUUUCAAAGUG